GACGUCAUCCCCCCGCGACGCGCUCCCGCGCCCUUGCGUUUCCGGCUCCUGGCGGGUCCGCGUGAGUUUGAGCGAGUGCUGCAGAGACGUCCGCUGUAGGGAGCUGGCCCAGUCUGGGGAGUCGUCCUGGGGAUCGGGGUGCCCCGGUGGACCCUCGGGGCCCCCGCAGAGACAUAAGGCAGAGUCGCUGCAGUAAUCCUGACAUCAGUUCCAGAUUAUUGACCCCUGGACAACAGUGGAAUUAUAUGAAAUCAUGGCUGGUUAUAAACCUGUAGCAAUUCAGACAUAUCCUGUACUUGGUGAAAAAAUCACCCAAGACACUCUGUACUGGAACAAUUAUAAGACUCCUGUGCAGAUUAAGGAAUUUGGUGCGGUGUCCAAAGUAGACUUUUCUCCUCAGCCUCCAUAUAACUACGCAGUCACAGCCUCUUCAAGAAUCCACAUUUAUGGCCGGUACUCUCAAGAACCUAUAAAAACCUUUUCCCGUUUUAAGGACACAGCGUACUGUGCUACCUUUCGACAGGAUGGCCAAUUGCUUGUCGCUGGCAGUGAAGAUGGUGUGGUUCAACUUUUUGAUAUAAGUGGGAGGGCGCCCCUCAGGCAGUUUGAAGGUCACACAAAAGCAGUUCAUACAGUAGAUUUUACAGCUGACAAAUACCAUGUGGUCUCUGGAGCUGAUGAUUAUACAGUUAAAUUAUGGGAUAUUCCAAACUCCAAAGAAAUUCUGACAUUCAAAGAGCAUUCUGAUUAUGUGAGGUGCGGCUGUGCUAGCAAACUGAACCCAGACCUCUUUGUAACAGGGUCAUAUGAUCACACUGUGAAGAUGUUUGAUGCUCGGACAAAUAAAAAUGUUCUCUGUGUCGAGCACGGUCAGCCUGUGGAGAGCGUCCUGCUUUUCCCCUCCGGAGGUCUCCUGGUGUCUUCAGGAGGUCGUUACGUUAAAGUCUGGGACAUGCUAAAAGGAGGGCAGUUGCUCGUGUCUUUGAAAAAUCAUCAUAAGACUGUGACGUGCUUGUGUCUGAGCAGCUCUGGACAGAGGCUACUCUCCGGCUCACUGGAUAGGAAAGUCAAGGUCUACAGCACAACUUCCUACAAAGUGGUCCACAGCUUUGACUACGCAGCUUCCAUCUUGAGUCUGGCGCUUUCUCACGAAGAUGAGACGAUAGUUGUAGGAAUGACCAAUGGAAUACUGAGCGUUAAACACCGGAAAUCUGAAGCAAAGAAGGAAUCUCUCCAGAGGAGGAAGAGGCCUGCAUAUCGGACCUUUAUUAAAGGAAAAAAUUACAUGAAGCAACGGGAUGAUAUCAUGAUCAAUAGGCCAGUAAAGAAACAUCUAGAAUGGUAUGACAGGGACCUGAAAAGUUUUCGGAUCUCAAAGGCACUUGACAGAGUGCUUGAGCCUAACUGUGUAAUAAAGACGCCCGAGGUUACAGUUUCCAUCAUAAAGGAACUGAAUCGGAGAGGAGUUCUUGCCAAUGCUCUUGCAGGUCGGGACGAGAAGGAGAUUACCCGGGUUCUGAACUUUUUGAUAAGGAAUCUGUCUCAGCCAAGAUUUGCCCCUGUUCUGAUUAAUGCUGCUGAAAUAGUCAUUGAUAUUUACCUGCCUGUGAUUGGCCAGUCACCAGUAGUUGAUAAAAAGUUUAUAGUGCUUCAAGGACUCGUAGAAAAAGAAAUUGAUUACCAAAGAGAACUCCUAGAAACCUUGGGGAUGAUGGACAUGCUGUUUGCUACCAUGACAAGGAAUGAAAGUAUCUGUGUGUCGGAACAUGUACCUGCUAAACUCCCAGAAAAGAAGACAGAGUCACCCCGUCAGCCCAGUGACACAGACAAGGACUCCUAACUGGGAAUGGUUUGACUCUUAAUUAUGAAAAGAAAGCAUCUUUGAGACAUUCAAAAAGAGAAUUUACAGGAGUGUUAUGGAAGAGGCUGAAUUAACUCUAAUUGGGAAGUGAGCACCUGUUUGAAGAUGCGGUGUCCAUGUAUUAUUUUGAUUUGCUUUGUGGCUUCUUCCACUGGAAGGUCUUAGUUGUCUUGGUCACAAUGUCUGUCGACCUUGGAUGAGUUGAUACUGAUUUGAAUGGAGCCAAACCCUCAGUGACGUGGCCCUCUGGAGAGGGUUCCAAGUGGAGUCCUGCCAGGGGACAGAACCUUGGUUUUCCUUUUGUUUUUUACUUGUGCCUGGAAAGACCAAGAACAAACAGCAACAGCAAAACGUCUUUCACUGUACUCAAUGCCCCCGAGAACUUUUCUUGCUGGUAUUUUCCAAGUCCUGGGUCACACUUUCUCACCAGCUGCCUGUGGGACUGUCUUCCGAGUGGGGCAGAUCACUGGAUGCCGCUCCUGGAAGCGUAUUUAGGUGUGAGACGUCUUUGUUACCUACGAACUGAGCUCUCCAGCGCUGUUUCCUUUAGUCUCGCCUGUCUCUCUCACGACCAAGUCCAGAGAGAUCUGACUGAAGCAGGUCCCCUCCUCAGCGCGCUGCCUUUCUCCCUUCUCUGCCUCAGCUCUGGGACAAGGUUGUCCUUCCCUCACAGCAACGGCCUUUCAGCCUGUGCGUACGGUCGGGCCCUGUCUCCUGUGUGUAGCCCCCGGUAACAAUUCUCUUUGCUGUACUUACACUUCCUUUUCUCUGUUCUUCAUUCUGUGGGUCCAAACCUCAAACAGGAGCAGUUUGCUUUGAAAAAAAUGUGUUUUUGAAAGUUCAUUGUAAACCAUAUUUUUUAUAAAGAGAUUCUUUUCUUCUUCUUGA